GUAAAGCUCGCUCCCGGCCUGGUUGCUUGCUCCCCUACACUUCCUCCUCUCCCUAGCUCGGCUAGGCUCUUAUUAGCUGCAUACAAUUAUUCCUCCGAGUUCCGGCAGCGCCAAGCUAUAUAUAUUUCCUUCCUGCCCACCUCCCAAUCCCAGCCUCAUACUAUCACACACCGCUCAAGCUACAGCAACAUAGAUAUAGAUAUAUAUAUGCCCCUGCCCUGCCUAAUUCUUGCUUCCUACUAGCGCGCUAGCUUCAUCUCUCUCGACCAUCUUCUCGUCUACGAGCUACAAAUUGCAGGGAGAAAGAGAGAGGAGGGAGAAGACAUCUACAUAGAUUAUCAGGUGGUGAUAGCACAUGGGGCUGAGGGACAUCGAGAUGACGCUGCCGCCGGGGUUCCGGUUCUACCCGAGCGACGAGGAGCUGGUGUGCCACUACCUGCACAACAAGGUGGCCAACCACCGCUUCGCCGGAGGAGCGGCGGCCGCCACCGCUGGGGGCACCAUGGUCGAGGUCGAUCUGCACGUCCAUGAGCCAUGGGAGCUGCCAGAUGUGGCGAAGCUGAGCACGAACGAGUGGUACUUCUUCAGCUUCCGCGACCGCAAGUAUGCGACGGGGCUGCGCACUAACCGCGCCACCAAGACCGGUUACUGGAAGGCCACCGGCAAGGACCGAGUCAUCCGCAACCACAGAUCGGCAUCGUCAUCUUCCGGCCGCGCUGCAAUCGUCGGCAUGCGCAAGACCCUCGUCUUCUACCGCGGCCGCGCCCCCAACGGCACCAAGUCCUGCUGGGUCAUGCAUGAGUUCCGCAUCGAGAACCCCCACUCACCACCGAAGGAGGACUGGGUGCUAUGCAGAGUUUUCUACAAGAAAAAGGCUGACACGGAGUACGCCAUGGACAGAGAGCAGGAGAUCAUCGCUGGCGGCGCUACCGUGAAGGGAUAUGACUAUGGCGCCUCAUCGUGCCAAGAUCCGGACUACCACUCGCCUCUGGCUCCGUUCCCCUCCCUUGGCGUUGGCGGCCACCAUUACCAGCUACCACUGUCUUCGCAGGAUCACCACAGGCUCAGCAUCGAUGCCUUCUCAAGCAUGCCGCCGCUGCUGAGCUACGACAGCAUCCUCGAUUUCAACCAGCAGCUCGAUGCCGGAAGUGCAGCUACGGUCUCAAGAGACGGCAGCGGGGAUCAGUGUGGCGGGGUGCUGACAAUGGACCUAGGGCUGCAGGAGGAGUACAACUACAACAGCCUGAUGUAGAUGUGAAUAUGUGAUGUGGAUCGGUGCUGCAUCUGCUUCUCCUAUUGCGAUCCAUCCCACGGUAGUGUGUAAUUAACAACUUGGUUUUCAUUAUUCGUUCGUGAUCUUGUGCAGAUUUAGUUUGGGCAUGUAAAUGUAGUGUAGAAGUAUACAAGACAUAUAUACUAUUGCAUUGGCUUAUAUAAUUGAUCUGGAUUGAUUAGGAUAUAUGAGAGAGUGACGCUGUUGUCAUGUACAUAUGUAAUAAUGUAUGGA